AUGGGCUGCCUUGGCCGGCUGCGGCUCCCCUGCUGGCUGCUUGUGUAUUGGGCUCUGGUCGCUUCCGCCGCCGCCCCCAGACGGAGACCCUCAUUCCGCGGCCACGUCCCGGAGAACUGGCCGGCGGGCACGCGGGUGAGCGGGCUGAGCAUCCCGCUGACCCGGCUGGGACCGGAGCCCUGGUGCGCCAAGGUGCAGGGGCGCCGCUGGCACCUGCAGCUGCUGGGCGAGGACCACGCGCACUUCCAGGUGUCGCUGCAGGCGCGCUCGGGCCAGGUGUGGCUGCGCACCCGCCGCCCGCUGGACCGCGAGGCGCGGCCGCUCUACGCCUUCCGCCUGGGCUUGUGCUGCAAGCGCUGCCCGCCGCGCGGCGCGCCGCCCGCCGAGCUGGCCACCCUCACCGUGCUGGUGCUGGACGCCAACGACAACGCGCCGCGCUUGGCCGGCCCCGGCCCGCCGGGCGGCGUCACCCGGCUCCGCGUGGAGGAGACGCUGGCGCUCAGGUCCCAGGUGUGGCAAGUGCGCGCCGAGGACCCGGACGCGGGCGCCAACGCCGAGCUGCGCUACUUCGCCCGGCCGGGCAGCGCGCACUUCUUCGUGGUGCCGCGCAGCGGCCGCGUGCUGCUGGUGCAGUCCCUGCUCCACGUGCGGGCGCCCAUCCCGCUGCGCCUCUUCGCCCGGGACCGCGGGCAGCCGCCCCUGCUCAGCGCCCCCCUGGACAUCGAGGUGCUGCCGCAGGUCAAGCAGCUGCCGCCGCCGCCGCCCCAGCGCAGCCGCCGGACCCCGCUCCAGCCCGACUCCCCGCUGGCGCUCUCCUUGCCCGCGGAUGCCCGGCCCGGGACUCUGCUGACCACGCUGGCCCCGGCCAGGUUCGCCUCAGCCUGGUUCGAGCUGGUGUCUCCGCCCGCAGAGGAGUCCCCGCUGCGGGUGGACAGGGAGAGCGGGGACGUGACUCUCGCCAGGACCCUGGACAGGGAAGCGUCCGCCAUCUGGGAGUUCAUAUUCCGCGUCCAGGAGAGGCAAGGAAAGGAAUGGUACUUGCUGCGUUUAGAACUUACUGUGACAGAUGUGAAUGACAAUGCACCUGAAUGGGUCAUGGAUCCUUUCCCAUUCUUGGCCGUGGUAUCUCCUAAAGCUGCAGCAGGUACCAAAGUGUAUAAGCUUCUUGCUGUGGAUGACGAUGAAGGGGUCCACGGAGCUGUAGAAUAUUUUCUCUUGGAAGGUGGAGAAGACAGAUUUGAGGUCGAGAAGGACAGUGGUUGGAUUAAAACAACAGGUUUGCCACUUGUGAAGGACAGGGAAUACCUAAUAACUGUGUUAGCAGCAGAUAAACUUGGUAAUAAAGGGUCUCCUGCUUCUGUUUCUGUGAUUGCGGGGCUUCGACCACCACAAUUUACCAACAUAUCAUAUAUUGUUUAUGUUCCUGAAAACACGCUCCAGGGAAAAUCAUUUCUUACAGUCUCUGCUUUGUCAUAUCAAAACAAAUCCCUGAGCUACAAUUUGCUAACUAAUCCUAGUGGCCUGUUCAGCAUCCAGCAGGUGACAGGAGAGAUCAGCUUGACUCGGAGUGUGGAUUAUGAGAGUGACCAACACCAAUACUUGCUUCUGGUCAGAGCAACAGAAGGCCAAGAGCAGUUUAGCAGUGUAGCUGAGGUUUUGGUUGUAAUCACCGAUGAGAAUGAUUGUGCCCCAGAAUUCCAGCAGUCAAUCUACAGCAAAGAUAAUGUUCCUGAAACAGUUCCCAUGACAACUGUACUUCUGCAAGUGACAGCCAGCGACUGUGAUUCAGAAGAAAAUGCUGAAAUAAUAUAUUACACUUUGAGUCCAGAUUUUAGCAUUUCUUCAGAUGGUACUAUCUUCCCAGCAACACAGUUGGACUAUGAGCGGCCCAACCAUCUUUAUGAAUUUAUAAUUAUGGCUGUAGAUAAAGGAGAAGAGCCAAAGACUGGGACAGCCACUGUUAGAAUCCGUGUUUCAAACAUGAAUGACGAAGCACCCAAGUUUUCUCAGACAAUCUACAGGAGUUUUGUUUCUGAAGAUGCAGGCCCAAAUACGUUGAUUGCUACAGUCAAUGCGAUAGACCCUGAUGGUGAUGGCCUGACUUAUGACAUUGUAGCAGGGAAUCAAAAGGGAAACUUUGUUGUUGACCCUCAGAAAGGAUUAAUUCGACUUCGCUCGAGCCCACUUCCUAAGCUUCAGGGGACAGAGUACAUACUUAAUGUCACAGCUACUGAUGAUAAUGCCUCUGGUGGGCCUCACUCUCUCACUAGUACAGCACUGGUCAUCGUGGGAAUUGAUGAUGUCAACAAUAACAAACCUAUAUUUCAGAAGUGUCAAUAUUAUCGGGAACAUGCUUCUGUGUUGGAGAACCAGCCUUCAGGAACAUUUGUACUGCAGGUUGAGGCAACUGAUGCUGAUGAAGGAGCCAAUGGGAGAGUGAAAUAUGGCAUGAUGCAUAGAGAUGGUGCCUUACCAGCAUUUAGUAUUCAUCCUGAUACAGGAGUCUUGACAACUCUUCAGAGAUUUGAUCGAGAAAACCAAAGGGAAUAUCCUAUUACUGUGACUGCGACAGACCAGGCUGCAGAACCUCUCAUUGGAAUCUGUCAGAUAAAUGUUGUCAUCCUGGACCAAAAUGACAAUGAUCCUAGAUUUGAAAACACCCGCUAUGAAUAUUUCCUGAGAGAAGACACAAAAGUUGGGACUAGUUUUCUUCGUGUUGCAGCCCAUGAUGAUGAUUAUGGUUCAAAUGCUGCCAUAACGUUCUCCAUAGCAAAUGAAGAACCAGCAUAUUUCCAAGUGAAUCCUAGUACAGGCUGGGUGUAUGUCAACCAACCCAUACCUCAGAGGUCAUUUACAACUCAAGAGAUUAUUGCCACAGAUGGAGGAAACAGGAGCAGUAAGGUUGAGCUGGCAGUAACAAUUACUAGUGCAAAAAAUCAGCCCCCACAGUGGGAAAGAGACAGUUAUGAAGUUGUCAUUCCAGAGAAUACCACACGAGAUACUCACAUUGUGACAAUUAAAGCAACUUCUCCCAUGGGUGACCCUCGUGUGACCUAUAAUCUAGAAGAUGGACUUGUUCCAGAGACCAACAUGCCAAUUCGUUUCUAUCUGACUCCAAACAGAGAGGAUGGUUCUGCUUCAAUCCUAGUAGCUGAGCCAUUAGAUUAUGAAACAACAAAAAGCUUUGUGCUGAAGGUUCGGGCCCAGAAUGUUGCUGCAGUGCCUCUGGCAGCGUUCACUACUGUCCAUGUCAAUAUAACAGAUGUCAAUGACAAUGUCCCUUUCUUUACUUCGUCAAUAUAUGAAGCCUCAGUAACAGAGGGAGCUGAUAUUGGGACAUUUGUUCUUCAAGUCUCUGCCACUGAUCUAGACCUGGGUCAGAAUGGUGAGAUUACUUACUUUCUGUUACAUGACCGUAGUGGGGACUAUACAUGUUUUCGCUUAGACUCACAGACAGGCUCCAUAUACAGUACCUCAGUAUUUGACAGAGAGAAGAAGGGUUCAUAUCUCUUGGAAGUAAAGUCGAUAGAUGGCUUUGAAUCUGCUCGACCUGGAAAACGUGGGCGGCCAAACUCUGACACAGCCUAUGUGCGCAUUUUUAUCAGCGACGUGAAUGAUAACAAACCUGUCUUCACUCAGAGUGUCUAUGAAGUUAAUGUGGAUGAAGACCAGGAUGUAGGUUCUACUGUCAUUACAGUCAGUGCUAAUGAUGAAGAUGAAGGAGCAAAUGCUAAAUUAAGGUACCAGAUCACAGCUGGAAACACUGGUGGAGUACUUGACGUUGAACCAGAAACAGGAGCCAUCUUUAUUGCUCAGCCAUUGGAUUAUGAAGAAGCGAAAAUGUAUGAACUUCAUUUGUUGACCUCUGAUGGUAAAUGGGAAGAUUAUGCAAUUAUCAUAAUCAAUGUUGUGAAUAAAAAUGAUGAGGCUCCAGUUUUCUCUAUCAGUGAAUAUUAUGGAAGUGUGAUUGAAGAACUGGAUGGAUUGCCCAUCUUUAUACUUCAGGUUGUAGCAAAUGAUCCUGAUAGCAGCAUGGAUGAAAGCAAUUUGAGAUAUUCUCUGCAUGGACAUGGUGCAACUGAUGUCUUCACAAUAGAUGAGAACACAGGCAGUAUCUACUCACAGAAGAUGCUUGAUCGGGAAGAGCGAGCACUUUGGAGAUUUGUUGUGUUGGCUACUGAUGAGGGAGGAGAAGGGCUUACUGGAUUUGCUGAUGUAAUUAUUAAUGUGUGGGAUAUAAAUGACAAUGCCCCCAUAUUUACCUGCAUGCCUGAUGACUGCAAUGGGAGUGUCUUUGAAAAUUCUCCUGCAGACACUUUGGUUAUGGAAAUGACAGCUGUGGAUUUAGAUGAUCUGAAUGUAGGUCUUAAUGCAAUUUUGACAUAUAGGAUAAUUGACAAUGUAAAAACUGGGUUUGGUACAGACUUAUUUAAUAUCAAUCCCAAUAGUGGCACAAUACAUGUAGCAGGGGGAAUGCUGGAUAGAGAGAAGACUGAUAAAUAUUUCCUUACUGUUGAGGCAAGGGAUGGGGGAGGGUUGACAGGAACUGGCACUGCCACUAUCUGGAUUGCAGAUGUCAAUGACCAUAUACCUGAAUUUGCUCAAGAGGUCUGGCAGGCAGUGAUUCCUGAAAACAGUGAAGUCAACUCAGAAGUUCUGGAAAUGUCGGCUACAGAUGCAGACACUGGGGAAAAUGCUCACUUAACAUUCAGCAUUAUUGGAGGAGAUCCAGAUCAGAAGUUUUACAUUGAAAGUAACAAAGAAGGUCAACAUGCAACUAUCAGAUUGAAAAAGAAACUGGAUUAUGAGAAACCUCAUGAAAGGUGGUUUAACCUUACAGUUAAAGUGGAAGAUCUUGAUUUUUCCACUGUUGCAACCUGCUUGAUUGAAGUUGAAGAUUGUAAUGACCACAGCCCAGUUUUCGAUUCCCAGUUUAUCCAAACUAACCCUUUCUUUGAGAACAUACCUGUGGGUACUACAGUCACCGCAGUGAGAGCCACCGAUGAGGAUUCUGGUUUGAACGGGGACAUUAUCUAUUUUAUUAAAUCAGAUUCAGAUCCUAUCAGACAGUUUGCAGUUGACCCAGAUGGUCAUGUGACAGUUGCAAGUACACUGGAUCGUGAAAUCAUUCAGCAAUACCAUUUAAUCAUACAGGCUUCAGAUCAAGGGACUCCUGCCCAAACAGGAAGUGUUACAGUCCUGAUUAACUUGCUAGAUAUUAACGACAAUGAGCCAAGGUUUGAGGCAUCAUAUAUGCCCAUUGUUUGGGAAAAUGUGUUGGGACCUCAGGUGGUGUAUAUGAACCAUACAUCAAAGCUGCUGUAUGCUGUGGAUCCAGACAGUGGUGAAAAUGGGCCACCGUUUACAUUUUUGCUGCCACCUGAUUAUCAGAAUUCUUUGGAUUUUUCUCUUACUGACAACAGAAAUAACACAGCAACCAUUACAGCACUGAGGUCCUUUGACAGAGAAAAGCAGAAGGUGUUCCACCUGCCAAUAAUUAUAACAGAUAGUGGGAAUCCAUCCAUGAGUGCUACAAACACCUUGACCAUAACAAUUGGUGAUGAAAAUGAUAACAGCCAUGAAGCUGGCCAUAAGGAUAUCUUUGUCUAUACCCACAGAGGGAAAUGGUCAACAACAGUGCUUGGGGAAGUGUUUGCACCAGAUCAGGAUGACUGGGACAAUAAAACAUUUCUCUCUGAAGGAAAAAUGCUCAAGUUUUUCAGAUUAAAUCAAAGGACUGGCUCUCUGGUAAUGGUGGAUAAUGCUCCUCAGGGGACAUACAAUUUAAGAGUCAGAGUUUCAGAUGGAGUCUGGCCUGAUGUAAUAUCUACAGUACAGAUCCAUGUCAAAAAGUUCGAAAAUGAAGCCAUACGCAAUUCAGCCACUGUACGUCUGGCAGAUGUCACAGCGGAGGAGUUUAUAAGGAAAGAUGAACAUGGGAAAAGCAGACAUGACAAAUUUAAGGAGUUACUGGCAGAAAUCUUCUCGGCUCAUCCUAGUGAUAUCAGUAUCUUCAGUAUGAUGAACGUUGAUGGAAGACAGACAAACUUAAGAUUUGCAGUUCGUGGUGGCUUUUCUUAUUAUAAACCAGAAAAAUUGCAUGGUGAAAUAGCAGCAUUUAAAAACAAGAUCCAAACAGCUUUAAAACUGAACAUUUCACAGAUUGAUGUAGACGAGUGUGGGAGAAUAGACUGUCGUGGUGGCAGCGGUUGUACAAACUACUUCACAGUGAGUGACAUCCCAACAGUGAUGGAUGCCGGGAAUGUGUCAUUUGUCUCUGUAACAAUCACCAUCAGCGCAGUCUGCACCUGUUCAGCUAGAGAUCGAGUUCAUCAAUCCUGUGCCUCCUAUCUCCGAAGCCCAUGUCUCAAUGGUGGGACAUGUAUUGACACUCUUAAUGGUUACAGAUGUCAUUGUUCUACUUCAUUUCAUGGCCCUGACUGCCAGCAGACUAAGCACAGUUUCCAUGGAAAUGGAUAUGCAUGGUUUCGACCCAUCAGGCCUUGUUUUGAGAGCUUACUAUCCCUAGAGUUUAUUACUGAGGUUCCAGAUGGGCUUUUACUAUACAGUGGUCCUUUAUCAGAUCCAGAGCCUGGGAGUACAGAGAACUUCAUGGCAAUAGAACUUUCCAGUGGCAUUCCUGUGUUGAAAAUUAACCAUGGUGCAGGCACUGAGACGCUGCAUUUCCCAAGUCACUUGAACUUGACUGACAAAAGAUGGCAUCGGCUUGAAGUCAGAACUAAUGGUCAGGAUGUUCGAUUCACGUUGGAUCGUUGCAGUGCAGCUGUUGUUUCAGAGAUAGAGGGACUAGGUAAAUGGUUGUCAACUGAAGACCGCACAAACUGUGAGGUCACGGGGACUAUUCCACAAAGAGGAAGGUAUUUGGAUGUGAUCCAAGUUCUUCAGCUGGGUGGUGUAAAAGAAUCAAUUCCAUAUUCAUAUCCUCAGUUACAGCACAAGCAUUUUACUGGCUGCCUGCGCAAUUUCAUCUUGGAUACUCAGGUGUAUGACCUUGAAUCUCCUGCAGAGUCCCUGAAUAGCUCCCCUGGCUGUGCAUUGACAGAUGGGAGUUGUGAGACCACAGGCUCCUUUUCCUGUGGUAUUCAUGGAAGAUGUCUUGGAGAGUGGACAUCAUUCAGCUGUCACUGUUUGCCCGGUUACUAUGGCUACAGAUGUGAUAAAGUUGCCAAAGAAUAUUCUUUUGGGCCAGGGAGCCACAUUCGGUAUCUGCUUCCUGUUGCGGCACCUGCCCGCAGGAUGCUGUUAGAGGUGACAGUCAGGACACGACAGCCCAAUAGUGUCAUCAUGAGCGUGUCUUCCCGAGCCAUGGAUGAACACAUCACCCUGCAGGUUGUUCAGGGAUUCUUAACAGUCUCCUAUAACUUGGGUGAUGGAGACUAUGCCGUAAACCUUCCCUCCUACAACAUUGAUAAUGGUGAGUGGCAUCAUAUCACCCUGGAGAGAAUCGAAAACGAAUUUACCCUUCGCCUUUAUGAAGGAGGUGGGAAGAGAGAAAUCCUGAGAGCAGCAGGAGUAUGCAAAGAGAUUGUGAUUGAUCCCAGUAGGGUGGUCCUUGGAAACACUUACCCUAUCAAUCAGAACCAAAGUUUUCAAGGGUGUAUGAAGGAUGUCAGAUUUAAUAACUACAGGCUGCCCCUGGAUACUCACACUAAGGAACCAGUGUCAGUAUUAAGUUCCCAAGGAGUGAAAGAAGGCUGCUCUUCAGAGGCUUGUAGGAACAACCCCUGUAGCCAGCCGUUUAUUUGUAUUGACUUGUGGAUGAUGCAUGAAUGCAGUUGCCCUCCGGGACACCUGAUCACAGAGAAUGCCACAGGCAGGCACUGCGUCUAUACUGAAUGUGCUAAAAGACCCUGCAACUUUGGCACGUGUAUCUCCCAGUCUCCAGCCAAGUUCCGAUGUCAUUGCCCUGAUGGCUAUACUGGCCGUUACUGUGAAAUCACAUUGGCAAUCUUUCACAAGGAUGCAGGCUUGAGCUUCAGUUCCAUGUUCGCCAUCUGCAUUUGCUUUUUGGCACUUUUAGUUCUGUUCAGUGGUGCUUUCCUGUGGACUCGCUGGAAGAGUCACAAAGGUUUGAAUGGAGGAGUUUACCAUGUCUCUGCCUAUCAUGAUGACUUGGAGGACAUCAGAGAAAAUAUCCUCAACUAUAAUGAAGAAGGGGGUGGGGAGCAAGAUCAAGAUGCUUACAACAUGGCAGAACUCCAGAUGUCUCUUCAGACUAGCCCAGCCUAUUCUCUUUCUCUCUACAAGAAGAAAGGGAAACCAUCAGAGUUGAACUGUCCCUUGAGCGGCAAUGUGGCACCUAGCCCAAAGGAUCAGCUAAAAGCAUCUGCAACUAGGAGCUCCUCCUUUACCAGUGAAGACUUCAGUCGUUAUCUGUCAGAUGUUGUUAGGGAUGCUGAUCAGCAGCCCCAGGCCUUGCCCCAUGAUUCCCUACAGGUAUAUUACACAGAGGGAGAGGGCUCAGUAGCCAGUAGUCUUAGUUCCCUAGAUUCCUCUGGACUGGAUGAAGAGACUGUGUAUGAUGACUUGAAAGAGUGGGGACCAAAGUUUGAGAAAUUAAGUGAACUGUAUUCACACAAAAAGACAGAGGACAUGUAGAUUCCUAUGUUUACUAUUCUUGAAAUUCUGAAAGCAAGCAUGAAGGGCUAUUCAGUUUUUCAUGCCCUUCACCUUUGAUAUAUUUUAUUCCACCGGAUUUUAUUCCUCUUCAAUCUGAUGGGUGGGGGAUGCAGUCCAAAUGCCCACUAAAGAGCCGUUGUUUGUAUCUAGAAGCUAACUUCCAAAAUAAACUAGGAAUUAAAACUCCAGGCCUCUUGGCCUUUUCCCUGUUUGUCCAGCACCUAAACUGAAAAAAUAAGUGAACUUGGAACACCUUUUAAAAAGUAGUAAUUGGUGUAUGAUGCUGAGAAGUAAACAUCUCCUAUACUAAUAUUAAUAAGAAAGGGCUUCCAUAUGAUGUAGUCUUUGUCUUCUAGCACGGUAACUGCUAGCAUGCAAAGAGAAGCCAGGGCUAGACAUAUUGCAUUCACAUGACACUCUGGGGGACUUUUGUCUGGAAAGUGUGUCCUUUGUUCUCCUCCUCCUGGCCUAAAAUGUAAAUUGUACCACAUACAAUCUUGUCCUCUGAAUUAACUUCACUUAAACAAAAUGGGCACUUAAACAUAGUAGCCCACACUCCAGCGAUGUUGCCUGGGUCUAGCUGAUGACAGAAUUGGGUCUUACCUUUGGUUAAAGCUUAGUGAAAUUCCAUUGUGCCAUGGUACAAAGAAAGAGGCUGAACCUGAGCCCAAAGCAUGAAGUCAGUUGCUUAUAGCCGAACCUUUCAUUUGGUGGUCUUUAUUAAAAAAAAAAAAACCUAUUUAGGAAUUUUGGUGAUAAAUGCCAGAACCCACUUAAGGCUUACAAAAGAAGAGCUGAUUUUCUUUGUGUAAUGCCCAAGAACCAAAAUUAGGGACAAACCUGAGUUACGUAGUUUGAAUCUAGAUCCUUUUUCCCCAAACUUGGGGCUGCUGAUCCACUGUUCUGUUAAAACUCCAUCUUACAGAAAUGUAGUCAAACUGCCAAGCGUGGAGCCAGAUUUGGACUUUAAACAUUAUCAUUUUGAGGCUUUGGCUCCACUGUUCCAGUCUGAGCUCUUUGAACACACGUAGAUAAACUUGCAACUCUGAACAGUCAAACCAUAUCCUGAUCUUGUUUGUGUCUAUGCAACCUCACUGACUAGAAUGUGGAAGCAUGGGUGUGAGCAAGAGCUGCAUUUUGCCCUUGUCUGGGGGUUUAGAGAUGCAAACACUUUCUGAGGAAAAAAAAAUGCUUUCAGUUAGAAGAAAAACUUUCCUUGUGUUUCCAGGUUAAUAUUUUAUUUCUUAAUAGUGGAAAUAAGUACCCUUCUUUGAAAGGCCAGCUGACUGAAGGCAGCUAUACCUAAAAUGAAUCUCCUACACCCAUUGGUGUCCCAAAGCUUAGAAUUUUGUAACAAACAAGACCCUGCUAGAAGGCUAAUUUGAAUCGAGGCUAAUUUUCUAAAAACAUAAACUGAGUAGCAGAAUACCAGAAAAACAAAAUGCUGGCUGACAACCUAUCUCAGCAAAUAAUAAUGCAGCACUCAGAAUCUGGCAGUGCUUCCAAGAAAAUCAUAAUCAUCUGCAGGGGAAAAAAAAACAUCAUGGCAAUCAUAGUAGGUGGAACCCUUCAAUCAAAAGAGAUGGCUUUAUGAUAUGUUGCAAACUGAUCAAGCCUUUUGAAACCACUUUCUUUGACUAGCUAGCAUGCUGAAUGGGAUUUCUGGCUAAACAAAUAACAUUGGAAACUGACACUGCUCUGUACAAUACAUUUCAAUCUUCUUUCUUGGGUCUGCAUUUCUAUUUAUAAACUGAUACGAAUGUAAACCUAAAGUUUAACUUAACUUCAGCAACAGCACAGCUGGGAAUAUGUUUUGUUUCUUUGACAUUAAGAAAGUGAAUAAAGUUUGAGUGCUGCAUACUUUUUUCUGUACAUGAAGUAUAAAAUAAUGAGACAUGAUGGUAUGGGGAAAGCAAGAAGAGAUGGGAAAUUAAGAAGCUGGACAUGGAGAAAUGACAGUGGGAAGGGGGAGGAAUUAACUAAGAUAUGGGCAUUAAUGUCAGAAAGGUCUUGAAGCACCUUGAAAGCACUGAGUAAAAUUUUCAGAAGCACUUAAAUUAAUUAGGAAUCCAACUUGCAUUUUCAAAAGUGAUUUUGGGGCUUAGGAAUCUACAUCUCCUGGGAAGUUAAUGGGACUUUGACUUCUAAGUCAGUUAGGCACUUCUGAAAAUUUUAUGCCAUGCCAUUUUUAAAAGUCACUUGGGCAGGUGCCUAAAGACAUUUGAAAAUCUGGCCCUUAUGAGCUUAAGUCUCAUUGACUUGCAAUAAGAUUUGGGUUCCUAAGUGCCUAUGGUCCAGAUUUUUAAAGGUAUUUGGGCACCUCAGUCUGCUGAAAUCAAUGGGAGUUGGGUGUCUAAAUACCUUUACCUUUAAAAGAGUGGGCUGGAGUGACUUUUAAAAAUUUUAUCCAAUGUUUAUAGUGUGUUCUGGGACACACUUGCCUUUAUGAAAAAGUAGAGAAAAAUAACUCGGGCUCUCUUCUCCCACUUAGGGGUGAUAUUUACCGUGAAAUCCCUUUCAGUUAAAUGUUGAAAUGAAUUUGAAAGUAUCUAAUAUUUAGGGCAAAAAUGAGACCUCAUAUCUGGACCAUCAUAGUGGUGAAAUUCCAAAUAGUGCAGGCUGAAGAGCUAGCAAUGGCCUUCCCCCAAAUUCACUGUCAUCACCUAGGAGCAAGGAACUUCACCUCCCCAUUUCUUUUGUGUAUAUGACAGAGGGAGAUACAUCUAGCUUGGGUGACAGUGUACAGAAUGUCUGUGUUGUAUUACAGUACAGAACAUUUUUUGCUAUUCACCUGAAACAGGUGCAUCAGUUUUGAGGCACCAAACAUUAUUCCGGACUCUUGCUGCAAGACACCAAAAAAACCCCACCAAAACCACCUCUAAACCAAAAUCACCAUGCUCCACCUGAAUAUGGGUCAAUACAGAUCUGUCAGGCUAUAUUGAUUUGCACAUAUUUCUCAGUUUAAAUCAGACAUGCACAUGCAAUAUCUUGCCCUCACAGACAUACUGUGCAUUUGUGACACUUGUUGGAGAAUUUUGUGCCUAGAAACCAACUAAUGGAUUACAUUUUCCAGUGAUGCAGCCCUUUCAUCUGGAAAAGAUAAACUAGGAAUACUUUACUCACUCUUGAUGUUUUUCAUUUUCAGAGAGUACUUAGUCCAAAUAUAAUUUUACUGAUAAAACACUUAAUAUUUUACUUAACUGUUUCAGAAAACUUUGUGAAAGAAAUGUUAGAUUAAAUAUAUUGCAAUUGUAAACAAGUUGAGUAUGUUGGGUUUUAUGUAUUCUAUGACUGUAGCAGUCACAGACUGUACAAAUGGAGGUAGAUAUUCACUAAAACCUUACUCCCCUCCAAGAGCAAUAAAUACCCUCCCAGUGUUUACCACACUCUGUGCCCCCAAAUUCCUUUCCUCCACCACUAUGAUAUGCUGUCAUUUUGGUUGUGUUUUCAAUCUAAUUUAGCCUGUAAGCUCCUUGGGGCAAGGACUGUUAUUUUA